UCUCUCCUCGGGCCCUGGGUCGCUCCGCCAACGAGCGGCCGCCGCUUAGUCGCCCAGGGAGUGCGCCGAGAGGAACUGUGCCUUGGCCUGGUGGCCGCUCUGCGACCCACGGUCCGGCGAGAGGCACCUAGAGUGCCGUGCGUGGCGCCACCGCGCGACCGUGACGUCAGGCGCGGGCCGGCGCGCCAUUGGCCGGCGGGCAUGUGGCGCGCUCUGGCGCGAGCAGGGGCGAUUGGGAGGGCGGUGUUGGGGGGCGCGGCUCGCGCGGGGGGCGGGCCCUGCACUUGGGGGCGGGGCCUGCGAGAGAAAAGCGCUGCUGAGCGGAGUCCCUGCGACGGCGGGCCGCUGAGGUCUCCAGGAGCGCGCGCGCGUUCGCCCACGAUGCCCGAGAUAAACACGGACCAUCUGGACGCGCAGCAGGUGCAGCUGCUGGCGGAGAUGUGCAUUCUCAUCGACGAGAACGACCGCAGGAUCGGGGCGGAGACCAAGAAGAACUGUCACCUGAACGAGAACAUCGAGAAAGGAUUAUUGCACCGGGCUUUUAGUGUCUUCCUGUUCAACACUGAAAAUAAACUUCUGCUCCAACAACGAUCAGAUGCCAAAAUUACUUUUCCAGGUUGUUUCAGUAAUGCUUGUUGCAGCCAUCCACUAAGCACUCCAGGAGAGCUUGAAGAAAAUGACGCGAUUGGAGUGAGAAGAGCAGCCCAGAGGCGUUUAAAGGCUGAACUGGGCGUUCCUAUGGAAGAGGUUCCUCCAGAAGAAAUCAAUUACCUGACACGAAUUCACUAUAAGGCUCAGUCGGAUGGUAUCUGGGGAGAACAUGAAAUUGAUUACAUCUUGUUGGUGAAGAAGAAUGUAACCCUGAAUCCAGAUCCCAAUGAAAUUAAAAGCCACUGCUACGUUUCACAGGAAGAACUAAAGGAACUUCUGAGAAAGGCAGCCAGGGGUGAAGUUAAGGUGACUCCGUGGUUUCAGAUGAUUGCAGACAGGUUUCUGUUUCACUGGUGGGAUAACUUAAAUCAUUGGAAUCAGUUUGUUGAUCACGAGAAAAUACAUAGAAUGUAAACGCGGAGAUGAACGCGUGUAAAGUACCGACGAUUCCUCUACUGAAAGCUGAAGAUUAAUUUCUUAAAAAUUUCGUUCCCCAUUGGAACUCUCAUUGGAAACAAUGAUAUUUCACAACCAGAAUUUGUGUGGAAAAGAAUUCUUAAUUCUGUAUCCUACACCCCAUGUAUGUGUACUGCUUUUUGCCAAAAACAUUUCUGAGAGAUGUUUGUAAAAAAGAGAGCAAAUAAACUUAAUUGAGCCUAUCUAAA